CCACAUAGACGUGGUAAAGAAAAACAAAAUGGCAUUCACAAAGCCAAAAUCAUAUACACUUCCUCUCAUAUUUCUCUCCAUAUUCCUCUUCUACCUAACUCUAACUUGCAAAUUGAGACCAAAAAAUCGUGAUGUUCCAAUCUCAAACCUAGAGAAACCAACUUUUAUACAAAGUAUUAUGCCCAUGGAACAUGUCAUCACAAGUAGACCUCAAUGGUUUCAACUUUUACAAGACGAAAUCAAGGACCACAAGACACUUAAAAUUGGCCUUGUCAACCUUGAUAAUGCAUCAUUUUUCGACUAUGCUGGAUUGCGCGGGGCAGAAAAUAUGGAGAUGAUCGACGUAAAAUUUCCUAAGGUUUCAGAUAAAAUUAACUGGAAAGACUUGUUUCCAGAAUGGAUUGAUGAAGACGAGGUAUCAGCCAAGCCUACGUGCCCAGAAAUCCCAAUGCCGGUGUUCGAGGAGUACGAGGAAUUGGAUGUUCUGGUUGCAAAGGUACCAUGUAAGCAUGUAGGGGUUGAUGGCUCUAGGGAUGUUUUUAAGUUACAAGUUAACCUGGUGGUGGCUAACCUGUUGGUAAGGAGUGGUGGUUGGAAUAAGAACCGGCCGGCUUACGCGGUGUUUAUCGGAGAUUGUGAGCCCAUGUGGGAGAUUUUCCGAUGUGAAGACAUGUUGUUGCAAGAAGAGAAUUUACGGGUUUAUAAGCCUGAAUUAGAAAAGUUGAAGGAGAAAAUUCGUAUGCCUGUUGGUAGUUGUCAGCUUGCUCGUCUUUUUUCGAAACAAGGACAAGAAAUUCGAAAGAGUUAUUCGACGUCUGUACCGGACAAAACAUUAUUCCACAAGCCAAGAGAGGCUUAUGUGACAGUGCUACAUUCCUCAGAAGCCUAUGUUUGCGGAGCAAUUGCAUUGGCACAAAGUAUUAUCCAAACCAACUCAACAAGAGACCUUGUCCUACUAGCAGAUGACUCAAUUUCCCCAAAAUCCCUUCAUGGUCUCAUAGCAGCAGGCUGGAAAAUCAAGAAGAUCAAGAGAAUACGAAGCCCACAUGCCCCAAAAAACGCGUACAACGAAUGGAAUUACAGCAAGCUUCGUAUAUGGCAACUCAUAGAAUAUGACAAAGUCAUAUUCAUCGAUUCAGAUUUCGUAGUUUUCAGGAACAUCGAUAAGUUCUUUUCGUAUCCAGAACUAUCAGCUGCUGGAAACGAUGGGUACAUUUUCAAUUCUGGUGUUAUGAUAAUAGAACCAUCAAAAUGCAAGUUCCAAAAUUUAAUGAACAAAAGGUUUGAAGUAGGUUCUUAUAACGGGGGCGAUCAAGGCUUUCUAAAUGAAAUGUUCGUGUGGUGGCAUAGGUGGCCUACAAAGCUAAAUCCUCUCAAGAUUUUUGUAGAUUCGAGUCCACGUGACCUUCCUGAGGAUUCCUACACCGUACAUUAUUUGGGAUUGAAGCCAUGGACGUGUUACGAAGAUUAUGAUUGUAAUUGGGAUAAAGUUGAAUCUCAAAUUUUUGCGAGUGAUUCAGCUCAUGAGAGGUGGUGGAAAGUAUACAAUAAAAUGCCUAUGGAACUUAGGAAAUAUUGUGCAUUGACACCAGAAAUGGAUGCAAGGAUAAUAAAAUGGAGGAAAAAAGCCAAGAAAGCUAAUUUUUCAGAUGGGCAUUGGAGGAUUCAAGUGAAAGAUCCAAGAAGACUUUCGUAUUGAUGAUUAUUUGAUUGAUGAUCUAGCAAGUGAUUAUUUCAUAUCAUGGAUACUAACAAUUCCCUUUUUAUGAUAGAGACUGUAGACAUAUGCUUGCAACAUUUCAACUAAUUAAGAAG